GUGCCGGCCCUAGUCAGGUGCAUCCACCAGUGGCUCGCAUCCAACGUGUCUGCUGAGCACAGGCUGGACAAGACUCUGGUGCUGCUGACUGAGGCACACCCCGCGGAUGUUGCAGUGACUCUCCUGCGCUCUACCCCGUCCUGUGACAGAGCUGCUUGCAUCAUGUGGAGGACGCUCAUCUCCUCGAGAAAUACUCAGGGGCCAGUGCUGCAGAUACUCUUCCUUGUGCUGGAAUACUGGCCAGCGCACAGGAGAUGCACCUCUGAUGGGGAUGACACGGAUGUCUUUGCCCUGGCUGCAACUGUGGCACUCUGGGAGAUCCUCCAGCUGUCCUGGUGCCCAGGUGGAGUGAAGGACAAUUCCCCCCGCCUCCUUCUGACUCUGCUCUUCCAAGUUUUCAUCAGCACAGAGGAGAUGUCACAGGAGGUCGACACCUUCUGGAGGCGCUGCCGGGAGCAACGCAGCCUUCCCACCGCCCCCAACAGGUUUGCAGUGCAGACCAUUAAAGCCCUGCUUGGCCAGCUGAUGGAUGAGAAUAUGUUGCUGGAAAUAGAUCACAAGUGUGUCUGGGACAUGCUCCUCAACACUGACACCCACCACUAUGCAGUGGGUCUACUGGCCAGGGAGCUGUGCUGUGUCUCCCACGCCUUUUGUGACAGAAUGGCCAUCAGCCUGCUCUCUCUGCUCAGCAGCGAAGAGCCCCUCUGGGAAGUCCCUGGCCUGGCAUUCCUGGUGGAGGUGAGCCCGAUGGCGAGUGCUACCUCGCCCAGCUACCUCCACCUCUGUGCCCUCUCCCAGCCGCAGCCGCCUGGGACGCUGCCUGCAGCCUGUGCUGCUGCCCGGGCCCAGCCCUGGGCAUGUCCGGGCUCCUGCCGGCUGGGCACCCCGUCACUGCUCCGUGCCUUUCAGGUGCUGACCUGCCUGAAGACCAUCCAAAAUGCUGGCAGAGCCCUGCACAUCCUUUCCAGGCACCUGCACAGGGACUGCCCGCAGAGGCGUCGCCUGGCUCUCAGAGGCCUCGAGGCCUUCAGCAAGGCUCCCGCAAUGGGACUCUCUGGGCCCUGCCGGCGGACUUUUGUCGGUAGAGACUCCUCAGACCCCUCGGACCUACGUGCGACGGCGGACAAGAACUCCUGCUUUAAAUUAAGAGAAGGAAGAAUUCCGGCAGAACCCCUCGAACAUGAUUGCCUGGAAACGAUCGAGGCGGUCUAUUCCAGUCGUCCAGACCUCAAGGAGGAACCAUUUGAAGAUGCGGACAACUGGUUCUCGGACGGCAGCAGCUUCGUGAGGCAAGGAGUAAGAAUGGCAGGCUAUGCAGUGACCACAACAGAAGAGAUGACCCUCUCUGUGUUCAUCAAUGUGCUCCAGACCAAAACCAUCCAAAUAUCAGGCCCCACUGCCCUGAAGUUGCUUGAGGCACUGCGGCCACUCUUUGACGACGACAACAGCCAGCUGCAGCAGCUCUCCAUGGUCCUCUUCCGUCACGGGAUGGACGUGACAGAGAGAAACAAGAUCCUAAAGCCACACGUGCACCAGAGGCUGCUCCCGCUCUACUUCAACUGGCAUGACGAGAACCAACGUGUGGCAGAGGCCUCUCGGGAAGCACUGUGUGGUGCAGCCAGGUUCCUGAAGUGGAAGAAUCUGGAGCAGUUGGUGACCCUGGAGCAGCCAUGGAGGUUUGGCGAGUGCCUGCUGCAAAAGGACAGCAGCCGAGUGGCCCAGUACGUGCGCCAGGCCCUGCCGUACCUGCAGAGCCCACAGGAGCCCCUGCGAAGGGCGGCCAUCAAGUUCAUGGGGAUCGCCGGCAGGUACCUGAGGGAGGAGCAGCAAGAGCUGCAGCUCAUCUACCAGGCCCUUCAAGCCAUGACUGACGACAGCCCUGCCAUCUCAAAUCUGGCAGCUCAAACAAUCUACAUCAUCCAAGCUGUCCAGAGAACUCCAUUCUUCAAAUUCUGGGCGCUGGGCUCCUGGCCCAGGGCUGCGCAGUCGCCGCUGCCCAAGCGGCUCCGCGCCCCACACACAACAGCACCAGAGGGGGCACAGGAGCAGCAGCACCCACAGCGCCUGGGCCUCCUCAGCCAGGCACCCAGACCCGCCAGCACACCAGAAAUCAAAGCAACUCCGCCCCGUGCCAACAGCUGCAAUGAAUGCUGUGUCAGGCAGUGCCAGAGCUCCACCGUCGUCAUUGAGCCGCCUGCUGUGCUGGUGACCCUGCCCGGGCCCAUCUUUAGCUCCUUCCCACAGAACACCGUGGUGGGAUCCUCCACCUCCGCUGCCCUUGGCAGCAUCCUCAGCUGUGACGGAGUGCCCAUCAACUCCGAGGGCUUUGACCUCUCCUGCAUCACCAGCCCCUACUGUGGCACAAGGUGUCCCCACUCCUAA